AUGGAUACAAGCGCUUCGUGCUAUCACCUUCUCAACAACAAGCCCAAGACUGUCAUCAUCACAGGCGGCGCAAACGGCAUCGGCGCCAAAACAGCCCGUACCUAUCAUGGCCAUGGCUGCAAUGUCAUCAUAGCUGAUCUUCCUUCCUCCAGUGACGCUGCCAAUGCCCUCAUCGCAUCUCUCACAGAGCCAUCACGGGCCCGGUAUCACCCCACCAAUGUCACUAGUUGGCACGAUAUACAAGCUCUCUUUCGAGAGACGAAAAAGACGUUCGGUCAAAUCGAUAUCGUCGUUGCGAAUGCAGGGACGAUGGAGAGUAAGGGGUUCUUUGACUUCGAAGAGAACGAACAUGGGGAAUUGAUGGAGGCGACUGAAGCUGGUAGGGUCAUCGACAUUAAUCUGAAGGGCACUAUGAACACUGUCAGGAUGGCCAUGUACUCCAUGAAGUCAAACCCACCGGACUUGGACGGUGUACGAGGCUCUAUUGUACUCAUCGCCUCAACGUCCGGAUACUUUGGCGGGACUGGAGUAGUUUCAUACAUUUCUUCUAAGCAUGGCGUAGUGGGCUUAUCACGAGCAUCACAGUCCGUUGCCCGACAGCUAGGCGUCCGAGUCAAUGUCGUUGCACCCUUCUUUACCCCUACGCAUAUUACCUCGGGUUACUCAGAGAAGUGGAAAGAGAGUGGUCUACCUGCGAACACAACCGAGGACGUCGCUAAUGCCAUCGUGUCUACAAGCGUGGAUCCUGCAAGACAGGGUCAUAGUAUGAUGGUUGCAGGCAGCUUGGUCAGAGAGAUCGAAGAGCCAAGAACUACAUCAACGAAAGAUUGGUUAGGAAAAGAGAUUUCUGACAUUAUGGCGAGAGGCGGCAAGUUUUUCAAUGAUCUGGGCGGUUACACACUGCCCCAGGCACGAUCUUGA